GAUGUCCCCACCAAGAAUCGCUUUGGCUUGCUGCGCACGCUCCGUUCUGGGACCCGGGAACCUCCAACUCCUGAGGUUUCCUAUAGUCACAGUCCUAGCUCGCACUUCAGUAAGGUGCCUUGUCCUGAGAGUCCAGGGUCCCAGCUGAACCUGUCACCAACCAAAACGCCAUUGACACCCAUGUCGGCUACUACGGUAUCCACAGCUGCCACCAUGACUCCAGCUAGUGAUGUUACCUUGCCAAAGGAAAUCCGUGCCAGAGGACCUGUUCUAGACUUCCUGGAACAGCCCAACUUUUAG